UGGUAUAGCCUACUACACACCUAGCCUGCAUGGUACUGAUCUUAUGGGACCACCGUUUAUGCCGUCCAUCGUUGACUGACAUGUCAUUAUGGGAUGCAUGACUGUAUUGACGUCAUCCUUCCUGGGGAUAUUUUUGUUUUCCAAAGAGUUUGAUAGCCUGUUUUCUAGGAUUUUCUAGAUUAAAUGUAUAACAUUGUGACUCCACUCAAAUGUUGAAAACCCAUACACCUUGCUGGCAGUGUGACUUUUAAAGGGGAGAGUUACUGAAGCUGUCCAUCUCUUGUCUAGUAGAAGUGUCCAUGGACCGGAAAGUGGUUAAACAUGCUAAACCUGUAAAGUCAAGUGGCUUCUAGCUGAGGAUUUGCAUUGACUGCAAGUAUCAGAAAUGUGCUUGUGCUGACUGGAGUAUAUUAGGUAAGUUUAGAAAUAAGAGGCUGUUGAACAAUUUUCCUUGCUUUUCAUGUGCUGCAGAGAAAAGGCUAAAUUCCAUCUGGUGCACACUAUUGUGGGAAUCGUAUGCUUUAGAUUCAUAAACACAGUAUGUUCAAGUUUUCUGGAUUUGGCAUUUGCUUCAAUAUGUUCGGUGUUGAUUUUAUACUGAGUGUCAGAUUCUUUCCUUUUGACUAUAACUGAUUUUUAGUCGUUGAAGAAAGUCAUGCUUAGGUUUAGUACCUGCAGCUGUGACAGGGUUUAUGUGAGCGUCGUUGUCCACCUGAGGUUCCUUCAGGAGUGCUGCCGUAGCAGUCGUGCUUCCAUGAACACUUGUGCUGGUUUAUACCAUUGUCCUGGCAUAACUCACUCUCAAAAGUGGCUUGAUUUGGAAGAAAAAUUAUACGGUUCCCUUGGAUAUGCUGGAGAGUAUCCUAGCAAGCGAGUGGUUCCCACUGUGUAGUCAUUGCUCUCACCUCUGGCCUUCUGUACUCACCUUUCUUUACAAAAAAGAAUCCAGAAUGAUGCUAGGACCAGAAAACCGAAUGAUCCUUGGAAUGCUGUUAGUCUUCUCGGAGGGACAUGAUUACAUAGUCCUUUAGAAGGAUAGAGAUGAUACUCAUGGCUGAGGAAAACCUUUCAUCGCUUUCGUAGAUUGAAAAUACAUUUUCUUAAUGUAACCGAACUUUUCUAGCUGAAUUGAUCUCUUUAAAAACUGGUCAGGGAUGGCUUCUUAGUAAUAUCUGCUGAUUAAAUGAAGUUUUGACACCUAAUGGAUCUUUUGAAGAAUCCAUGGGCUUUUGCAAGCCACACUGCAUUUUUCUCUGUCCAAGCACUGACCGCUCUGUCCGUUUUCCUAUCUCUUUCACUAGAUGGGAGCACCUGCAAGGCAGGGACCAUGGCUUUAUGCAUCUUGCUCCCAGCAUUGAUCAUUCAGUAGGUGUGGAAGAGAGAAAGAGAGAGAAAGAGGGAGAUAGAGGAAGAAAGGGAGCUGUAAGUGAGCCCUGUUGCUUUCUGAUUCCUUUUAGGAGUUGGAGCGCCUCAGCUGCCUGUCUGGAAAUAUGAAAAUGUUUUAGGAAAUGGCCUCCACAAUUUUCGGAAUAGGACAAAUCAUUUAGUUUCCCAAGUUUGCUACUCUGCAACAAGACUUCUCAACCUCACCACUGUUAACAUUUUGGACUGGAUGAUUCUUUGUUGUGGGGGUUGCCUGUGCAUUGCAGGAUGUUUAGUUAGCAGCAUCCUUGGUCUCUACUCACUUAAUGCCAGUAGCACACCCCGUCCCAGCUGUGACAACCAAAAAUGUCUCCAGACAUUGCCAAAUGUCUGAGGGGCAAAAUACUCCUCACAACCCAUCCCCCCCCCCUCCCCCCGCCCCUCUUCGAGAACCACUGCUCUGCAGGAGCUCCUGUCUCGGAUAUAUGUGGAACAGAGGAACCAGCGAAUAACAGAAAUUUGGAGGUGGAAGGGAACUUAGAAAUCAUCUAGCAUGUUGUUUCUCCUGGUGCUUGUCACCCCCACUCCAACACACACCGCUUGUGUGAUACGUGGAGAAACUGAGACUCAGGAAUGAGUGACUAUUAAAAAGAAAAAAUACAAGCAUUUGAGGUAAAACUGAUUUCAGACUAUAGGCUUUUUUAAAUUUGUGUAUAGAUAUUGAAAGGAUGUUCCUUUCAAGUAACUCAAAAUAAGAAAACAUCAGCUUACAGAAAUAGAUAAGGAGGGGAUAAUUCAUAUCACAGAAAAACUAAAGGCUAGCACCACUAAAAAAGAAUUUAAGAUGUACAUUGAACAUUUUGCGGAUUAAAAAGAACAGAGCAAACUCACUAGAAUGUGGCUGGUUUUCUGGCACAGCCUUGUGGAGCUGUGGGGCUUCCCAUUAGACUAUUUUAAGUGUGUGUGUAUAAAAAGAAACAGAGCAGAGCAUUUAAAGCAACAAUAAUUUACCUUUUUCCAAAAAUGACUUGGUUUUUAUAUCUAGAUAGUCGAGGUAAUGGCCUACCUGAUGAGAGGCCUCUACUGGAGGUCAGUUAUGUUUUAUAAGGGCAUUUUGUAUCUUACAGAGAAUUCUCACAUAAAGGUAGGAAUACCAGAUCGAAUAUUAGCCGCUUGUGGUUAUUUGAAGACUCAUCUCCAUAACCAAGAGAAUUUGGUUCUCACACUUUGUACCUUUUACUUACAAACAGCUUUAAACAGGUUUAUGUUGUACUUCAGCAGAAAUUUUAGAGGGUCAGCAGCCUGAGACGCUUUGCAACUGGAAAUAGGCAACUCAGAGUUUCUCAUGCGUGGAAGCCGCCUUUUGUUUUGAUCCCUAUCAUUCUCAGUCUGUCUUUUUCGAGAUUCUGCUGGAAGGACUGUCCUGAGUGAAGAGGUAGAGAAAAUGGCAGGAUCCUGAGACACCGGGUCCACACAGUCCCUGCUCUUUGAGGUAGGGUAAAAUCCAACUGAGGGAUUUUUGUCAGAACUUUGGGUUGAGAGUAUCAGAUUUAGAUUUCGUCUUGAUUGUUCUUUCUUGUUGUUUUGGGACCAUCACAUCUCAUCUUACACGACAGGGAUGUUUCUGAAAAGUUGUGGAUAAAUGCAUUUUUAAUAAAUCAAAAAGCACCAGUGGAAUUUACUAAUUGAAUUUAUCCUAAGGUUCUGGUCACUUAUUUCCUUUAAUAGCCAAGUGAUCACAACCAUUUAUCUCUUUAUAUAAGCUGGGUUUUUCUUUUUUUUAUGUUCUUAAACCUGGCACCUUGAUUCUCAAUGAAAAAACUUGGACCCAUGUAUGUUGGUGAUUUGUUGAACAUUCGUUAACUGAAAACCUGCCGCUCUCUUUUAGUAUUUGAAAUCCCUUGGUAGGGAGACAUGUUUUCUCAGAACCAAUCUUUUGGAGGACCUCAAAAAAUUAGUUAUUUUGGCAAGAAGUCCUAUCUGAACUUUUUGGAUCAUUACAAUAUUAUGCUGAUUUAUCUGAAAAAUGGAUUCUGACUUGAGUAACUGUAGAGUCCUGGCAGACAUGAGCAUGUCAGAUGUCUUGGCACAGUUUUGGGGCAGAGGGGGACUUUCCUACUUCUUUGUGUAAUCCACAAUCAGAAUACGUGGGAGUUUUUUGAAAUUUCUUCUGUGAUACUGCAUGGCUUAGCUUUUCAUAGCGUAUGUGCUGCUCCGUGAAAACAGGCUCUGUGUAUGUCUGUAUAUAUUUAAAUGAAAUGAAAAAGGAGUGAAAUCCAAGAAAUUCCUUAACUUUGCAGUAGUGAUUAUUUUUAGACCAGUUUCGUGUGUUCCAGAAGAUCUCUUUUAAGUCAGUUGAUUGGAACUUGGAACAGAGCUUCCCAUAGAAACAAUAGUAUAGUAUAUGUGGUGGUGAAGUUUCCAGACUAGCCCUCAGAGCUUAUUUAACCUAUCAUAUGCUAACAUGUGUUACAGUACAAAGGACAGUGAUGUGUAGCUUAUCAAAACAUUGUUCAAUGAUGUUCAAUCUGCAACCUGUUUCAAUGCUAGAAAUGAAAUAAUAUUGAAAAAUUAAAAAAAUAAUAAAUUUUAUUUCUCUUAAAAGGUGGGUUUGGAGGCAAAGUAGUUUUAAAGAGACUUGGUGGUGUGGUGGAAGAGCCCCCGGUAGACCUUAAGAUGUCCUGCUUAGCAGUUUGAGCAUCUUGAACAGUUAAGUCAACCUCUCCAGCCUCAGUUUCUUCAAAUGUCAUGAAGUAGUUGUGAGGAUCAGAGCAGAAAGUGCACAUGAAGGGGAUUUGUAAUCUGUAAAGCUUACAGUAUAUAAUCUAUACAAUAUAUAAGUUCUGGUUCUUUCUGUAAUUAUGUAAAUCCUAUGACUUGGCCUUUCUUUUUCUUGACACACAUGUACCAGUAGCAAAACUCUUUAUGCUUAACAACAAUUAAUAAGGUCCCAUUUAGCUCACAGACCACAAUAAAUGCAUGAUAUUUUGACUCACUUGGAAGACUGCAAUAUUUGCUUUUUUGAGACAGUGGUUGGAAUUUCCAAAGUAAUCUCUCUCUCUCCUCUAUCUCACGCUCUCAUUUUUCUAGUCUUCAAAUUUCUCCUAUUCUUUCCUUGUCUGAGUAUCUUUCUUAAUCACCUUCUCAAGUGUCGGGUUACACACCAGGGCUCAUACUCCAGGCUGGCCUGCCAGUGGCCCUGGCCUCUCUCUGACCUGUGCCUCUGGCCUCAGACCAGCUCUACGCUGUCGACAGGCUGUACAGUUGACCGGCUCCAACCAGGGGCCCUCUUCUGCUCCAAGUCUCACCAGACACUGAGCAGAGGCAGCCUGGAGGGACCACAGCCUUGCAACCGUAUUUUUGAUGGCACAGGCCUAGCCUUGGGCCCUGAGGCCAAGAGUAAAACUAGAAGUGCAGUGCGCCCACUCCCCCAAACCUGAGGAGUUUUUCUGGUAGAAGUAGUGUUAGGAAAGGAAAAGGGGACACAGUGGCCUUCACAGAGCAAAGCUUCCCUGUUCCCUGCCUCAGUCAUUGGGGCACGUGGGGUUGGCGGGGCUACUUGUGUACGUGUAAGAUUCACGGUAACCCGCCAAACAAAGAGGCAAAUAGAAGGGGGCUUAUGAAAGUAUUAUUUUUCCUGUCACAGUUAUAAAUUUAAAGACUAAAUAGAAUAAUAAGCUUUAAUGUUGGAAGAGGCCUUAGAGAUCAGGAAAUACAACUUACUCAUUUUGGAAUGGAGGAAUCUUAAAGUGGACAGGUUAACUGAUUUGCAAGUGUCUUGUGCCUUCCAAUCGUGAGUCCUUUCAUAGGAUGUCCGUAAGAUAUGCCAUCUGGCUCUCGCUACCCUCUCUGUUCUCUAUGUACAGUUGGCAUUGAUUUUGCACAGCUGUGUGCCAAAAGCCUGGACUCUGCCUGACAGUCUACCAAUGAAGUAGGAGUGAGCCAACCCCCCACCUCUGGUUCCCUCCUCCCACCACAGAGAGAGUUAGUAGUAUUUAUUAAGCAAGGCAGUUUGUAGGAGCUGUAGAAACAAGAAAUGUGACACAGUUUCUGCUCUUUUAGAGCUCACAGUCCUGUAUUAUCGUAUAUCAUCAGAGGGAGCCAAUUCGGGACCAUGCAGCACUUGCCGAAUUAGAUAUGGUUUCUAGUUUUGUUUCUUCCACUGAUUCUAGUCAAGACUUCGAUCCUUUGUUCUUGGGCCUUAGUUUUCUUAUCCAUCAAAUGAGGAGAUUUGAGUUCUGAAGCCCUUACAUCUGUACAUUCUGUGAGCCACAGUCUCAUGAUACUUUUUAAUUUUGAUUGUCAGGUUUUUGAUCCCUGUUAUUCUUUUUAUUUCAAGAAAUCUUUAGCCAGGAUGUAGGUGCUAAUUGAUUUAUAUGCUGAUAUGAUAGGCAUCUUAGCAAUUUAUUGAACCACAGGCUAGAAAGAGUCUGGAAACAUAUAAUGAUUCAUUUCUUCAAUUCUGAGGCAGGACUAGAUCCCAAACCUAUAUAAAAUAAUUUGGAUUAUUACAUACCUCAUUAUGUUGGUAAAAUAGAAUAUACCUGCUUUUGAAUAUUCAGACUUAGAAAGUAAAUUAGAGGAUGAUUAUUAUAAAAAAGCUUUUGACUUUACAAAGGGAUCUCACAGAAUUCUUUUCAAUAGUGAGUUCCUCUCAUGCAUUUUAAAUGUGGUAUGAUUUCCAGAAGGUUAGUUUAUGUGCAUCAGAAACAAUACACUUGGUUACAUUUACAAUUCAUAGUUCUCUGCAGCAACACUGAGCAUGUGCACACCAAAUAUGCUUUCUGUUACCUAACUGGGAAUUUUCUAUGGUUUGAGAGGUUUUUUUGCCAUUGUGUUGGAAUUUUACGGACCUUUCUUCCCUCACUCUCCAUGUUCCUCCCAAUCUUCAGGCAGCAUUUACUUAUGAAACGAGUAGCUCAAAUAUGGGAAAUCAUCUUUGGCUGUUGGCUGAGUCGCCCAUUUUGGUGAUGAACCUGUGACUGGGGAGGUUGGAACACGGACCACGUCGUGUAGUGGCUUUCUGGAGUGGCAGGAACGCAGACCAUGUAAAAACAGAUGUUGGUGCAAAUUUGAGCACUACCUCUCACUAGUGUUACGCAAGGUACUUGACCCCUCAGCGUCUCAGUUUUUUGUUUGUAAAAUGGGAAUAGUAAUAAUCAUCACAAUGCUGAUAGCACAGGAUAGACGAGAGCAUUAAAUCUUUUCUGAAGGGGCUGACAAAGUAGGCACUCAAUGAAAGCUAGCUCUGCCCUUCCCUUCCUAAUUCAGGGAGCAGUCAGAAAGCAGCAACAAAAUUGCAGCUCUGGGAGCAGCAGUGUCUGAGGCCCCCCGGAGGUUGAGGCAAGCAGGGCAGUGCGCAUUAGCAGGAUGCGGUGGUGGGUAGCCUGGUGUCAUGGUUAAGCCCUUGGCCUCCAGAGCCAGAGAGCCUGGGUCCAACUGUACUAGCUCUGUGAUCUUGGAAAAGGCAUUUAUCUGUUCAGUACCUCAGUUUCCAGGAAACUGAAACUGAGGCAAAUAGCACUUACCUCAUUGCGUUGUUGGAGCUCCUGUGCGUUAGUUUGUGUAAAGAGCUCAGAACAGUCCCUGGCACGUAAGUCUCUGUGUUUGCUAUAGUCUACUACAAUGAAAAUCUUUCUUGGUCAGAGUUUAAUGCAAACUUCAAAAACAUUGCAUGGAAUGACUAUAGGCUUUAUAAAGAAAGCUGAUCUUUUCCAUCCAGGAGCCUGUUUCUGAACAGUGCUUGGCCAGUUUCUUUAAAUGGAGAUAGAUUUGCUCUUAGAAGUCUGCACUAGUCUUCAUCUCUUCCUCUCUCCCUGCAUAUCCACUCUGUACAGCUUUUGUUAUUAAUGUGGAGCAGUUGAAGUCACUGACUUGGGUGCAGGCCAGGCCAGUGUCCUGUGGGCAUGUAUUACUUUCCUAGACUCUGGUCAUGAACAGGAUGAUGGAAGUCAGAGGUACGGGGAAGCUGGGGAAGCUGUCCUUUUAGGCGGCCUGCAUGAAAGGCAUGGAAGAGGAGAUGGUUUGUGUUACGCAGUGGCCGUUUAACCGGAGAUCCAGAUGUCUUGGAAUAUUACAAAAAUGAUCAUGCCAAGAAGCCCAUCCGUAUUAUUGAUUUAAAUUUAUGUCAGCAAGUUGAUGCUGGAUUGACAUUUAACAAAAAAGAGUUUGAAAACAGCUACAUUUUCGAUAUCAACACCAUUGACCGUAUUUUCUACUUGGUAGCAGACAGUGAGGAGGAAAUGAAUAAGUGGGUUCGUUGCAUCUGUGACAUCUGUGGGUUUAAUCCUACGGAAGAAGAUCCUGUGAAGCCAUCUGGCGGCUCCUCACAAGCACCAGUGGAUUUACCUUUGGCUAUAAAUACAGCACCACCAUCCACCCAGGUGGAUUCCUCCUCGGCUGCUCUGCCUCCUCCGUAUCAGCUCAUUAACCUUCCACCACAUCUGGAAACUCUUGGCAUCCAGGAGGAUCCUCAAGACUACCUCCUGCUAAUCAACUGUCAAAGCAAGAAGCCUGAACCCACCAGCCAAGGGUCAUCUUUUGUUUCUGAAGAAGGAGAGGAAUAUCUACUCCUAGAAGAUUUUGAAAGCAAAACGAGUCCAUUGCAAACACACGCUGAUUCUGCCAAAUCCACCUCUUCUGAAACAGACUGCAAUGAUAACGUUCCUUCUCAUAAAAACCCUGCUUCCUCCCAGAGCAAACAUGGAGUAAAUGGCUUUUUUCAGCAGCAAAUGAUGUAUGACUCUCCACCGCCUCGUGCUGCAUCUGUUUCUGUAGACUCGAGCCUUUAUAACCUGCCCAGGAGUUAUUCCCACGAUGUUUUACCAAAGGUGUCCCCAUCGAGUACCGAAGCCGAUGGAGAACUGUAUGUUUUUAAUACCCCAUCCGGGACAUCGAGCGUAGAGACUCAGAUGAGGCAUGUGUCUAUUAGUUAUGACAUUCCUCCAACACCUGGUAAUACUUACCAGAUUCCACGAACAUUUCCAGAAGGAACCUUGGGACAGACGUCAAAGCUAGACACUAUUCCAGAUAUUCCUCCACCUCGGCCACCGAAACCACAUCCGGCUCAUGACCGAUCUCCUGUGGAAACGUGCGGCGUCCCACGCACGGCCUCAGACACUGACAGUAGUCACUGUAUCCCUAUAGCAGGGGUGCCGCCAUCUCGUAGCAAUACCAUCUCCACCGUGGAUUUGAACAAGCUGCGAAAAGAUGCUAGUUCUCAAGACUGCUAUGAUAUCCCACGCACAUUUCCAAGUGACAGAUCUAGUUCACUUGAAGGCUUCCAUAACCACUUUAAAAUCAAAAAUGUAUUGACGGUGGGAAGUGUAUCAAGUGAAGAACUGGAUGAAAAUUAUGUCCCAAUGAAUCCCAACUCUCCGCCACGACAACAUUCCAGCAGUUUUACGGAACCAAUUCAGGAAGCAAACUAUGUGCCAAUGACCCCAGGGACGUUUGAUUUUUCUUCAUUUGGAAUGCAAGUUCCCCCUCCUGCUCACAUGGGCUUCAGGUCCAGCCCAAAGACCCCUCCCAGAAGACCAGUUCCUGUUGCAGACUGUGAACCACCCCCCGUGGAUAGGAACCUCAAGCCAGACAGGAAAGGUCAGAGUCCUAAAAUUUUAAGACCCAAACCCCAUGGUUUAGAGCGAACUGAUUCACAAACCAUAGGUGACUUUGCUACAAGAAGAAAGGCCAAGCCAGCACCUUUAGAAAUAAAACCUUUGCCAGAAUGGGAAGAAUUACAAGCCCCAGUUAGAUCUCCCAUCACUAGGAGUUUUGCUCGAGACUCCUCUAGGUUUCCCAUGUCCCCCCGGCCAGAUUCAGUGCACAGCACAACUUCGAGCAGUGACUCGCACGACAGUGAAGAGAAUUAUGUUCCCAUGAACCCAAACCUGUCCAGUGAAGACUCGAAUCUUUUUGGCAGUAACAGUCUCGAUGGAGGAAGCAGUCCUAUGAUCAAGCCCAAAGGAGACAAGCAAGUGGAAUACCUAGACCUAGAUUUAGAUUCCGGGAAAUCCACGCCACCACGUAAGCAAAAGAGCAGUGGCUCAGGCAGCAGCGUAGCAGAUGAGAGAGUGGAUUAUGUUGUGGUUGACCAACAGAAGACCCUGGCUCUGAAGAGCACCCGGGAAGCCUGGACAGACGGCAGACAGUCCACAGAGUCGGAAACGCCAACCAAGAGUGUGAAAUGAAAAUAUUGCCUGCCAUCUCUGAACACAGGAGAACUGAAUUGUAAAGAUAAAUCUUGUUUGACUGAAGAUGAUUUGACACUUCUACUCUAGGUAGAUCCUCAGACGAGUAGAGUUGAAGUCAAAGGACCCUCCAGACGUAAUCAAGCAACUCUGACUGUAAAUGGUGCUUUGUGGUAUCUGAACAAUUCAUAACAUGUAAAUAAUGUGGGAAAAUAGUAUUGUUUAGCUCCCAGAGAAACAUUUGUUUUAUAGUUAACACACUUGUAGUAUUACUGUAUUUAUGCACUUUUUCAUUUAAAGCAUUGGUUUGGGUAUUCCCAAAUGUACUUAACAUAAUUCCUUUGGGAGUUCUUGUUUGUCCUCACACUACUCUGAUAACAUUAUUAAGUUAACUGAGCUACUUUUAGAUUGGGAAAUUGCUCUUUAAACUGCAGUCUAACAACAUUAAAAUGAGAAGUAGAUUCACAGUUUACCUUUCUACCUGAAACUUCAGGUGGGUGGUAACCAUUAGCCUACAACUAGAGAGUAUAGUUGGACUCAGCAUUCAUUGCCUUCCAAAGGGCUGGGGGCAGUGUAUGUACUGGUGUCAGGCCCUAGUUCUCUGAUUCAUGUACAUUUAGUUUGCAUUGGUGGAUCUGUAUCAUAUUUUGUUAAUUCCAGUGUUUUUGGCUCAAUGAAUGAGGAUUCUGCCAGGUGAGAUCUUGCACCUUGGAAAGACUGAAUAAUUAUACUCUCAAGUAAGCCUACAAAACUGAUGGCAUAGGGUGAUAUUUGCUGUCACACUUAUUAACAUGUAUGAAACUUUACAUUACUUGCAGAAGAUAGAUUAUAUAACGAAUCAGGUACGUACCAGGCACUGAUGUGCUAAUACACUGAUCAGGUUUAGACAUGGAGCUUUAGCUGUGUUCCUGUUAGUCCUAAUAUUGGUUUCCAGUUUGGAAUUAAUGAAACAGUGAACAUUCACUGUUAGUUAUAGCAACAUACUGUGAUUUUUAAUUAGACAGCAAUUCAGAUUUAUUACUCUCAGAAUGAAAUUUAAUCUUUUGACACCAUAGUGCCCUAUGAUUUUUUUUUAACUUUACUUAAUAUUCUUCUUGGCCUUAUAUUUAAAUCCCUAUGCAAUUAAUAUUUUAUAUCUGCCUUUGUUAAAUAAAAUAGAUGUUAUAUAAAUGAUUCUCAUAUGUAGCACCUAUUGCUUUUCCAGUAAAAGAACUAAGGAUUUUGUACUGUGAUUUAUAUUCACUGCCCCAAUUCAAGAAAUGUUGGCGCCUUGCUAUAAUGUGAAAUCUUAGAGCCAUGGACCUCUUCCAACCAGAUUUCUGAAACCACCAGAGGAACCAUGGUUCUGGCUCAUGUAUAACGUGGUCCUGUGACGUGGAUAUCAAGACCACAAAUUAUAUAUAGUGAGGCUACAAUUGUAUUGAUCUGUCUUGGCUUUGCAAUGUAAUUUAGAAAGCAGGUAUAGUAGUUUGUCUGUUUGUUUGUUUGUUAACUACAUACAAUCUCUUAUGUGUUGAUUUGAGACUUAACAGUUUUGGGAGGGGGCAUAGAGAUAGGAGUGCCCGCAGCUGAGGCAUGGCUUCCUCAUUCUGACCUCUACCUGUUGCCUGACUCGACAGAUGUGCCCUGAUUUCUGGCCUCUUGGCCAUAGUACUGUGCCUAAUCAACGUCAUGGGUUUAUUUUCCCAUUCCACGAACUAAAAAUGUUCAUAACAAGAUGAAUUGUAGACUCGUAACAUUUGAUGCUUUUAAAUGUUUGCUUCUUUUUAAACAAAAACUAAAACCCAAAAGUGAAUUUUGAGGUGGAUUUUUAAAUAAAAAAGAUUGUUUGAGUUCGGUGUGUGCAAGCUGUUUUAUAAUGAAACCACAAAAUCUGAAAUCAUUGAAAUGUGCCUAAACUAUCAAAACGCACAAGCCAGUUGAUGUGUGAAGAUACUAAUUGUGUUAUGUGGAGGACACACAUAUUUUGAGAUUUAAAACACAACAAUAAAUAUAUUACUAAUUCAAAAAUAGAAAUCUUCUUUAAAGCUGCCUAUCAGAAGAGUCUAAGGCAAUUAUGAAUUUUUUAGUGUAAUUUCUCCUUAAUUUUUUACGUUAUUUUUUAAGACAUGCAACUCUCUAGUUUAUAGAAAAUUUUCCCAUUAUGCAGAGUAAUUUAAGAAUUGAAAUGUAUUUGGCAGUUUACUUGAAAACAAAAUCACAUUGAACAUUAUUGACAAAUUAAAAGACAGUUUCUUAUAGAGCAGUAUUUUCUAAACAUGUUUUAGCACUAAAAUCUUUUUUAAAUGAAAUUUUGUGUAACUCCAAUACAUAAAGCCUGAAAAGUCCAUUUUAUCAGUAUAAAUGUAUUUUGAGUUCACAUUUGUGUUUACUUAUCUUAAUCCAUUACUAAGAAUAAAAUUUCUGAAUAACACAAAUGUGAAAUUGAGGUUAUAGAUAGUUGCCAAAAAACCUCAGCAGCCAAUUUAUUUCUGUACCUUGUUUUAUUUGCAUACUAUCAAGAAAAUUGUGAUUCACACAAACAUAAGUAAGUGCAAAUAAUAAGGGUUUUAAACCCACAUCUCAGGAGGCUCUUUAAUUAGAGAUAACUGAAGUUGUAUUCUAAGGUUCAUACAAAAAUAAAUUAUCCUGGUAGUAGAAGUUAAUACAUAAUUAGUCUCCAGUAUGAUAAAAUAGGCGUAUGUGACUCAUUAGAAUGUGCAUUUUUAUUGUUUUAUUUAAAAUAAUGCACUUAUAAAAAUGAAAUUUGAGUCAAACUCUUUUAAUACCCCAGUCACCUUCAAGAAGCUGAGUUUUGGCCAGACAUCAGUUGAAAACCACUGAUUAAGCGUGUGACAGUUACGUUAUAAAUCAGAAGUCUUUCUCCCACAUGUUUGAUGUUCUCUGCCUUUUAUUCCUUGUUUUGAAAAACUAAAAUUUUAUGAAGGUUUGAAUACCAAAGUACAGUUCUGCUUUCAAAAAUCAAAAUUCAAACUUGAAUAAUUUAAGCUAUUUGACCCACAGAAGGUAGUAAGCUACAAAAGAUUGUUUUUAUCUAAACUCUAGUUUAUACAUUUUCAUCUUUAUUUUUGUCAAUAUAUAUAAGCUACUGUGAGCAUUUUAGAGAAUUCCAUAAAGGUACUAUGAGUGUGUGUGCGUAUAUAGCAUUGUAUUUAAUCAUAAACUAAUUUGAUAUAGAAAUACUGCUAUACUGGUACAUUAAGGUCAUAAGUCAUAAUUUCUUUUGGACUCUUUUUACAUUUAACUAAUGGGCGUCACUAUCUCCAUAUUCAUAAAUGCAUUUAAACUGGAAAUUGAACACCAGUGUUUGUUUGGGUUUUUUUUUCUACUAGUGGGAAAUUGUCUGCUUUCCCCUUUUAGUGAAAACAGUAUUUUUUAUAUUUUGUUAAAAUGUUAGCUACUUUAUGCCUGUACACUAUACCAUAGACAUUGAUCAUAAUUCUUGGAUAGUCCCAAACACUCUUAGUGCCUCUUUAUGUGGCCCAUUGAAAUAUUGGUAUUAGUAUCUUGAAUGAAUACAAAGCCUUUAGAAUUUUAGAAACAAUGCAGUGGGCAUCCUUCCUGUUCCUCUCUUUGGGUCAUUUUGGUAGGUCUUGUCCUCCAUUGUCAGGUAAGCAAUCAGGCCAAUGACAGGGAUUGUACAUACGACCAAAUCGAGUGGAUGCACAGAGAGAGAGAUAUAUGCUAGAAUAAGAAUUAUUGUCAAUAGCAUUGGAUAUGUUAUUUGUAAAUCUGUAUAUAAUUUAAAAUACUGACAACUAUGAGAUGAAAAGCCAUGGUGUAAAUGAACAUUGUAGACAUCGUGGACUUGAUGUGAUGAGAAAUCGCUUGUCAGGUUGUGGAGGUAAUUGGUUUUAGUCUGACAAAAUAUGUUUGUAUACUACUACAGCUUGAAAUAGUUUGUCUUCUCUUCCAUAGACUUAUCUUUAAGUUCAGUAUAAUGUCUGUUAUGAAUUUUACAAAAUAUUUAGUUAAGCCAUUACCACAGUUUCUGCUUCUUUUACUUAAAGAGAGAAGGUUUUGUGUGAGUUCUCGUAACCUAAAUUGAUUGUUGAUGAUCAUCCCAAAUUUCAACAGCAAAAUCUUAUGUCUAAAUUUAUUUCUCCCCUCUUGCACAUUUUCUUUUGUAAAGAUCCAAUUGUAGAUAUUUUCUGCUACCAAAUAAAACUUUUCAAACAAUUUGG